ACAAUUUCAUGGGAUUAGUUUUUAAAAUAAAGUGAGAGGAGGUAAUGUACGCAGAGUAUCCAGCACAUCUCAUUAGUUUUAUUCAUAAUAAGACCAAAGAACAGGAAUGCAGCUUUUAGAAAAGAUCAAAUUUAGGACCUCGAGCUUAAGAGAAAGAGUUAAAAAUCAGACCCCUCAUCACCAUUGGUUGCCUGUAAUCCCCCCCUUAUGUGGGCAGUGAAACCAAAGGAGGCUGGGAGGAGGAAGGGGAAGACACACUGGUGAUCCUGGGAGUGCAGAGAAGGCCUCAUCUUCGCACUCUCCUUUUCCUUCUCCAGCCUUCCCCUCCCAGGACAGUGCUGUUUUCCAAGAGAGAAGCCAGGAAAACGUGACAAUGACAGUUGAACUAGUGAAAGCCAUAGCCCAGGACCUGGUGACAUUCAAGGAUGUGGCAGUAGACUUCUCCCAGGAGGAGUGGGGAUGGCUGAGCCCUGCUCAGAGAGGCUUAUACAGGAGUAUGAUGCUGGAGAACUAUCAGAGCCUGGUAUCACUGGGACUUUGUAUCUCUAAGCCAUAUGUCAUCUCCUUAUUGGAGCAAGGGAAGGAGCCCUGGACGAUGAUGGAGAAUGAGAUGAGAAGCCCAUUCCCCGAUUGGGAAUCUAUACAUGAGACACAAGAAUUACCUCUGAAGCAGUUUGUGUGUGAUGAUAUGUUAAUGGAGAGAAUUGCAAGCUAUGAACUUGAGUGUCCUACUUUUGGAGAAAAUUGGAAAUGUGAAGAUCUUUUUGAGAGGCAGUUGUUAAGCCAAGAGACAUUUAUCAGGCAAGAAAGAAGCACUCCUAAAGAAACCCUCACUGUGGAAAUAGACCACAGAUAUAACAAACCUGAGAAAUUUGUUCCUCUACACAGUAUAGAAGAGAAUAUUUAUAAUAAUCACAAGUCAGAUAAAAAAGACUUUUCCAAAAAUCCCAUGGUAUUAAAACACAAGAAAGUCUAUGCAGGAAAGAAACUUUUUAAAUGUAAUGAAUGUGAGAAAACCUUCACCCAGAGCUCAUCUCUUACUGUUCAUCAGAGAAUUCAUACUGGAGAGAAACCAUAUGAGUGUAAGGACUGUGGGAAGGCCUUCAACCAGAGUCAACACCUUGUCCAGCACCACAGAAUACACACUGGAGAGAAACUCUUUGAAUGUAAGGAAUGUAGGAAAGCCUUCAGCCAAAAUGUACAUCUUAUUCAACAUCAAAGAAUUCAUACUGGAGAAAAACCAUACGAAUGUAAGGAGUGUAGCAAAGCCUUCAGCCAGCCCGCCCACCUUGCCCAGCAUCAGAGGACUCAUACCGGGGAGAAGCCGUAUAAAUGCAAGGAGUGCGGCAAGGCCUUCAGUGACGGCUCGUCCUUUGCCCGACAUCGGAGGUGUCACACCGGCAAACGACCCUAUGAGUGUAUUGAAUGUGGGAAAGCUUUCAGGCAGAACACAUCGCUUAUCCGUCACUGGAGAUAUUAUCACACUGGGGAGAAACCCUUUGACUGCAUCGACUGUGGGAAGGCCUUCAGCGAUCACAUAGGACUUAUUCAGCACAGGAGAAUUCAUACUGGAGAGAAACCCUACAAAUGUAAUGUGUGUGGGAAAACUUUCAGCUACGGCUCAUCCCUGACCGUCCAUCAGAGAAUUCACACAGGAGAGAAACCGUAUGAAUGUGACAUCUGUGGGAAAGCCUUUAGCCAUCAUGCCUCACUCACCCAGCACCAAAGAGUGCAUUCUGGAGAGAAGCCUUAUCAAUGCAGGGAAUGUGGAAAAGCCUUCAGGCAGAGCAUACACCUUGCUAGCCAUCUGAGGAUCCAUACUGGAGAAAAACCCUAUGGAUGUAAGGAAUGCGGGAAAGCUUUCAGCAUCAGUUCACAGCUGGCUACUCAUCAGAGAAUUCACACUGGAGAGAAACCUUAUGAAUGUAAGGAAUGCGGGAAAGCCUUCAACCAGAGGGCACACCUCGCACAGCACCAUAAAAUUCAUACUGGAGAGAAACCUUAUGAUUGUGCUGAAUGUGGUAAAGCCUUCAGCCAGGCUACCCGCCUUAUCCAACAUCAGAGAGUUCACACAGGAGAGAAACCCUACAAAUGUACUGAAUGUGGGAAGGCUUUUAGUGACAGCUCAUCCCGUGCCCAGCAUCUGAGACUUCACACAGGCCAAAAGCCCUAUGCAUGUGUUGAAUGUGAGAAGGCAUUCAGAACAAAAUCAUCACUUACUUGUCAUCAAAGACGUCAUACAGGGGAGAAACCUUACGAAUGUAGCGCGUGCGGUAAAGCCUUUAGCCAUCGACAGUCGCUUACUGUUCAUCAGAGAGUUCAUUCUGGAGAAAAACCAUAUCAGUGUAAGGAAUGUAGGAAAACCUUCAGCCAGAUUGGACACCUUAAUCUACAUAGAAGAAUCCACACUGGAGAGAGAUCUUACAAAUGUAAAGAAUGCGGAGAAGUCUUCAGACAGAGUGCGCACCUUUCUCAUCAUCAUAAAAUUCAUGCUACAGAGUCAUCUCAGGCCCUCAGCUCUUCCCCAUCCCCUGUGUCACCAAGUCCUGGGAAUAUGUCUGCUGAGUAUUUUUGGAAUUCAUCCACAUCUUUCCAUCCUCAUUGCCCUAAUCCAAAACAUAGUCAUCUCACCUGGACUAUUCCAAUUGUCUAAACACUGAUCUCUCUGCAUCCUCUUUUGUCCCCUCCAAGUUCAUUCUUCACACUACUUCCACAGUGGUCUGUUCAAAUGUAAAUGUAAUUAUAUGACUCUCUUAAAACCCUUGGUGUGAAAAUUUAAACUUCUUGAUGCAUACCAAGUGCUUAGCAUAGUGCCUGACCCAGACUAAAUGCUCUGUAGUGAUAGCUUAGUAUCCUUCAGAGUCUGCUUGAAAGCUGUUUUUAAGCAGUGAACUCUGGAAGACAGUAUAUGUACUUGGAGAUCGUAACAGUUUUUGAAACUGAAACUUAAUGUGAGUGAUGAGGAUUAGCAUGUGUUAAAGCUUAAACAUUAACACAUUUAAAGCUUGAUACCACCACAUAUAUGACUGUAUUCCUUUGUUGGUGAGAAAAUUCAACAUGAUAUAAUACACAGAGUAUGUUUUAGGAAGUAUCUAGAACUCUGGAUAAGACUGGAACAAAAGAAUUAGAAAAUAACUGGGAAUAAUGCAAGACUGUAUUUAGAAAAGGCAAAAAGUAAAAAUUCCUAAUAUUGAAAAUAGAAGAAGCAGAGAACUUGAAUAGUCUAACCCUUUUUUAAGACACCUGGUUUCACAGAUUAAUGCUGAACCUUCAAGGAAUCAUAAUUAGGCUGUUCUAGAGUCAGAAAAAAAAAUUGAAAUGGAUUAUUUUGGAGUACUUCUAACCUCUGUUAAGGAGAACAGAGGUUAUGAAUAAAUAGAGAUCCGUGUUUCUAGAUGGAACUUCUAGUACUGUAAACAUGUCUGUACAUUCAGUCAACUCCAGUCACAGUUCUUUCAGGAUAAUUUUCCACUGACAGUUUUGUUCUGAAAAUCAAUGUAGUAUGGUAAAUAGGGAAGCAUCACAAGGAAAUUUCUGAAAAAUGAUUGUAUCACCAUGAAUUUAGUUAAUUGCAAAAGUAAUUAUUUUUCAUGUGUCAGUGGGAGAGAGAGAUUACUUAAAUGGUGCUUGACAAUUAUCCAGCUGGAAAUAAAGUCAGAUCCACAUUUCA